UUGGGCCAGAACUCAAUCAUCCUCCAUCAUGGCCCAAGGCAGCACCGCUCUCAAGCACAAGAACGUUAAGAACCUCAAGGCCAAGCCGGCUAAGAAGAAGGUCGAGACGCGCCACAAGAAGACGGCGGCCAAGUUUACCAAGAAAGGCAACCCGACGACCGAGGUGCGCCGUGGCUGCAACGGCUUCAAGCGCCGCGGUGACGAGUCCGUCACAGGCUUUAUCAACAACAACAUUGAGCAGAUCAUGGCCAGCCGCGUGCUCCAAUCCGGCUCGUCCAUCAUGCUGGCCGACGUCAAGUCGGCUGGUAAGGAGCGCCUGAAGGAGAUCAACCAGGCCGCGCGCACCAAGAAGAAGAGCCGCGUCGAGGAGAAGCUGGCGGCCGUCGAAAAGUCCAUCAAGGAAGCCGAGAUGGCGCCGUAAUACUCAUUAUCUUCAUCACUACUUCUGGC